AUGGACGCGAGGAGUUUGAGUGUUUUGGAUCGUCUUGUCCUCACACACUCCAUAUGGUUGCAGCUGUCAAUCAACCCUGACUCCGCCCACCAGAUCCUGCAAGGAGAGAUAGUUGGGACGUUUCUGGUGUGUAAGUGUAGCGCCUCCCACAGGAAGGUUUUGUGUGUGCGACUGCAGGAGGGAGGAGUGUCACAGUAUCCCAUCCGUGAGGAAGACUCCACAUUUUCUCUUGAAAGUUCUGCCCUGAGCUUCCCUGAUCUCUGCAGACUAGUGGCAUUUUACACCAUCAGCAGAGAUGUAUUGCCUUUCCCACUUGAGCUCCCAGAUGCAAUUAUACAGGCCACAACACACACCCAGCUGGAAAGCAUUUCGCAUUUGGGUUUAGAGUUCUGGAGCUCUCAGACAUCUCCUGGCCUUCCUAACGGCCCCCCUCCGCCCUCAGCGCCCCACCGGACAUUCAGAUUGAUCAGCCCAUGUUUUGUAAACCCCCUGUUCCUUCAGCCUCCCCAACCCAGCAGAACCGCCUCACACAAACGCCACCGCUUUAAACGCAGCCUCAGGGUCCGUGUGUCCAAUGAAACCUCUCUCAGCUUGUCGGGUGGAGAAUCGGACCUAACCCAAGGGGAGACACAUGGACAGAAUUCCAACCAGGGCGGCCCGAGACGAACGAGAGGGUUAAGUGUGCUCAGGAGGACCCCGGCACUUACACCCACUUCAGAAGAGGAAGAUGAACAGAUGUUGGGACCGAUACCACCUAGUAAUUCCACUGACUUCAACAAAGAUACUGAAGAUGGUGAGGUGUGUCUGGCUUUGGAAAGGACUCGAGCUCCUUCCCUUGCUGAACUGGACAGCAAUAGUUCCUUCAGCAGUCUGGAGGAGGAGGAAGCCCAGGCGGACCUCGCCCACCAAUGGCCGCCUGCCGCACGUGGUACCCGUUUUCCCUCAGCAAACCCCACAUCGACUCUGCGCCGCAUGACCGCCGCCUUUGUUUGCGUGUUCGCUCCUGAGCGCCGAGUUGCCAGAUUGGUGGACGAACUCUCGUGCGACAAGCGCUCCACAUUUGGGUCGCUGGUGCAGGACUUUUUAGAGAAGCAGAGGCAGGAGAUGGAGGCCUCAAAGCAUAGUUCUGCUGUGGAGCUGCUUCAGGGGAUGAGAAGAUUUCUGUCCCAAGCCAAAAGUCUCCUUCUGGAAGCAGGAGAAAUAGAACCUCCAAUUGAGACACUGGUGCCUGAGAACGAGAAAGAUCUUGCCCUGGAGAAGGCUCUGUUUGGCUGCGUGUUGAAGCCGUUGAAGGUUCAGCUGCAGCAGAUGCUCGUUUCCCUCCACACUAAGGAUGGCUCCUUACAGAAGAUCACCGACAGCUUGCUGGCCUAUCAGGAGGGGGCGCUGGAGCGCAUGGCUGUACGAGUCGGCGUCCUGGACAUUCGCGGCAUGGACAGAGCGAAGGCAAAGCUCACACUGAUGCAGCGCAGCCAUUCGCCCAUUGACAAGGUGCUGCUUCUGCUGCAGGUGUGCAAGAGCGUUUACAAAGCCAUGGGAACACAACCUGAUCAGGACGUGGGGUCGGAGGACUUCCUACCAGCGCUGUCCUAUGUGCUAGUUCAAUGUAAUAUCCCGCAACUGCUGCUGGAGACGGAGUACAUGAUGGAGCUGCUUGAGCCGUCAUGGCUGACAGGAGAAGGUGGAUACUAUUUGACGAGUGUGUAUGCCAGCCUAUGUCUGAUCCAGAGCAAGCCUGGGGCCAUGCCCACCUGCAGUCUGACCAAUGAGGCUCAAGAGUACUUGAGGGAGUGGAGCAGGAGGCGGGGGCAAGAAGCCAAGACCCAGAAAGACAAUCAGCUGAAACAGAGGUUUGUGCGAGUGUUAUUCCAGGACGACUGUCGUAGUGCAGUGCGAACACUCCUCUGGAAGGCAGGGGAAAACGUCGAGGCUUUAGCCCAAACCUGCGCCGGUCUGUUCGGCGUGACGGAGCCGCAGCACUACUGUCUGUUCUGGAGGAGUGAAGGGGAAAUGCGUCCUCUGCCGGCCCACGUUCAGCCCCAUCAGCUGGGCACGCAUGAGGGAGCGUCGCUGUCCUACCUCCGCUCCGAUCAUGACUUCAGCAAGAUGCGCAGACUGACCAGAGGAGGCGCCGUAGAUCUGGGCGAGUCGGUGUGCGAGGAGUGAAGAGACACAGGUGCACAAUGUGACUUUUAUAUUUGUUGUCACGUUCGUGGCAAGAGGAUUAUGGAUGUCACAAAGUAUUUGAAUGCUGUAUACGUGUUCAGUUCUAUGGAUGAUGGUGAUUAUUUUCGUGUGUUUGGGUGUGUUGCGUGUAAUCAGAAAGCACAAUAGCAUUUCAAAUGAAUCGAAGCAAGAUACUUGGUAAUAAUGCAAAAAGCAAUAUCUGCCAAACAGGAGAUCUGGAAACGCUGUCCAGCGAUCUGAGAUUCAGCGGUCACUUAUCGAUUGGCUUGCAGAAGUGUGCAUUGCAGAGUAAUACCAAAGUGUUGACUAUAAACAAAAAAAUCUAAAUAAAAAUGAGUUAUGUUUAAACAAUACAUCAUAUAUGUGCACACCUGACAUGCUCUGAGUAAUGGCACUGUGUCUGCACUGGACGCAUGUAGCAUGCUGCAUUGAAUCACUGGAGCUGUUUACACUGGACGAGUCUGACGCGAUGCACUUUCAGUCCAUGCUUUCAU